CCUUUCUUAUUCGCUGUCUAGCAGCUGGCAUUAUUGUGAUCACGCAUUGUUGUGUUCAAUAGUUUGACUAAAUGCGUUUAACCUCGUCCUUUGUUAUUGAUUUAUCAUUUAAGUAUUAAUAUAUUUUAUUAUAAGUAUAUUUUAGAAUUUGACUAUAAGUAAUAUAUAUUUUUAUUUUGGAUCUGAGUAGGUGCUACAGACCCCAUAAUAUACAAUAGCAUGGCCAUUGUAAGUGUGGAGCAGGGAGCGUUACAAGGUAUCGUGUGCGGUCACGGCUCACCAAAAUACGUGGCGUUCAAAGGUAUACCUUAUGCGAAGCCGCCGCUCGGGAAAUUAAGAUUCAAGGCGCCAGAGCCUCCCGAGUCGUGGGCAGGUGUGCGCGACGCGUCGGCACACGGACCCGUCUGUCCCCAAUAUAAUGAACGUAUGAACCGAAUCGAAACUGGAAGUGAAGAUUGCCUCUAUCUUAAUGUGUACACGAAAUAUGUUAAUCCCCAAAAACUACUGCCAGUAUUAGUUUGGAUCCAUGGAGGAGGAUUUUACACUGGUUCUGGAAAUUCUGAUUUUUAUGGACCCGAAUAUUUCAUGGCACACGACCUUAUUUUAGUAACAUUCAACUACAGACUCGAAGUUUUAGGAUUCCUAUGUUUAGACAAUGAUGAAGUGCCAGGUAAUGCGGGAUUAAAAGACCAGGUUGCGGCUCUAAAAUGGGUGAAGAAGAAUAUAAAGGCGUUUGGUGGCGAUUCCAACAAUAUUACAAUCUUUGGUUGUAGCGCGGGUUCUGGGUCUGUAUCGGGCCAUUUAGUGUCAGAUAUGAGCAAUGGGUUGUUCGACAAGGCCAUAUGCCAAAGUGGCGUUUGCCUUAAUGAAUGGUUUUACAAUAUAUAUGCGCGGGAACGGGCAUUUCAACUUGGGAAACUGCUCGGUAUAGACACAGAAGACGAUAAUGAACUCUUGAAUUUUUUAAGAAAUGUGCCAUCGUCAUCUUUGGUAAACAUUACACUGCCUCCACUUGAUGCCAAUAACUUCGAUUUAACUGAUAAUAUUAUAUUCGGACCAGUAGUUGAGAAGACAUCUUUAAAUGUGAAAAAAUUCUUACGAUAUCCACCACCAUAUUUUGUAAGAAAAGGGCAUAUGGCUGAUGUGCCAAUCAUUUUAGGAUAUACUUCAGGCGAAGGAAUCGAAAUUGCAAGAAAUUUAUCAAAAACAGCCCUUUACUAUACUAAAACUGGUAGUAUUGUACCCAGAGAACUAAAAUUAAAAUGGACACCUGAACAGACACUAAAUGUGGAUGUAAAAAUCCGCGAACACUAUUUUCAGGGUAAGGAAAUAAGUAAAGAGAUGAGUCAAGCCGUCAGUAAUUUAGAAACGGAUCGACUUUUCGCAUACAAUAUCAUGAGAUAUGCGCGAUAUCACGUUCGCCAUAACUCAUGCCCCGCUUAUUUGUAUAAAUUUGAGGCAGAGACAGAAAGAAAUUAUACUAAAUCACAUUACAACCUGGAUUCCAUCAAGGGAGUGUGCCACUCAGACGACUUGAUGUACUUUUUUAAUGUGACAUGUCUUGAUAUUCCAGUCUCAAAAGAAUCGAAACGGAUUAUAGAAAAAUGUGUACAAUUAUGGACGAACUUUGCUACAACAGGCGCACCGACAUUGUCGGAUGAUUCUGAACAAUGGAAGCCGUUCACAGAAAAGGAGCGAAAAUGUUUUAUAAUAGGACAUGAAUUCAAGUGCGUGGAGAACCCGGAUUUAGAAAAUUUACGGUUUUGGGAAAAUAUUUAUGAGGAAGAAAAUCUCACUGUAUAAUAACAAUUUUCAAUCAUAUACAUAGUUGAACAAAGGAUUUAUCGAGCAAAUUUUA